UUAAAAUGUGCUCGCUCCGUUUUGUAGAGAAUCUGCGCGAGGGACUCUUCAUUCAUAAAACAUGCGCAGAACACUGCAUUGCUACAAAAUCAACUUCAGACUGUUUUAGCUCCGGAUAGAAACGACAUAUUUUAUUUUUUCACGGCUUUUUCUUUAAGUAAAUGUCGUUUACUUGUGUUAAUGUGUGAAUAUAUUUAGUGAAAUUUAAAGUGAAAAUGUUUUUAAUUGAAAAUUAAUUUAUAAGAAAGCAUACUAAUACAUACCAUGGACAACGAGCAACCUCACCAGGAGCUGGUGAAGUGCGUGGUGGUAGGAGAUACCGCGGUGGGGAAGACGCGGUUAAUCUGCGCCCGCGCUUGCAACAAACACGUGUCUCUCUCCCAGCUGAUGACAACACACGUGCCUACUGUCUGGGCUAUAGAUCAAUAUAGGAUUUAUAAAGACGUUCUAGAACGUUCUUGGGAAGUGGUUGACGGAGUGAAUGUGUCACUAAGGUUAUGGGACACCUUUGGCGAUCACGAAAAGGACAGAAGAUUUGCUUAUGGAAGAUCGGAUGUCGUAUUAUUGUGUUUUUCAAUUACCAAUCCGAUAUCGUUAAGGAAUUGCGGCGCCAUGUGGUAUCCUGAAAUCAGGCGAUUCUGUCCAAACACGCCAGUGUUGCUUGUCGGUUGUAAAAACGAUCUUCGCUAUAUGUAUAGAGAUGAGACGUAUUUGAAUUUCUGUAAAGAUCGCAGCCCAUUUAUUAGAGCUCCAAGGAAAAGCGACUUAGUAAUGCCUGAUCAAGGUCGUGCGUUAGCUCAUGAGUUUGGUAUAUAUUACUAUGAGACAUCAGUUUUCACGUAUUACGGUGUAAAUGAGGUUUUUGAGAACGCGAUCCGAGCUGCACUGAUCGCUCGCAGACAGCAGAGGUUCUGGAUGACUAAUUUAAAGCGAGUGCAACGACCAUUGUUGCAAGCCCCUUUUAGACCUCCGCGACCGUUGGAACCAGAAGUGGUGACAAUAAAUAGCGUUUUUUUAGAAAACAUGACUACUUUACUCCGUCAACAGUAUUUCUCCGACAUGGUGAUAAUCUGCGGCGCGAAGGGUUUCCCGGUGCACAGGUUCAUGUUGGCGGCGGCGUGCGAAGCCUUCCACCGGCUGCUGACCACGGACUGCGUCAGUCUGUCGGCGGAACUGGCGCGCAGCUCCAGCGAGAGUAGUAUGGUAAGCAGUAUGGGUGAAGCGACAACGGGUGACUUCAACGAAGACACUGAAUAUUUAAUUAGACAGGACCAAGCGAAGCAGAUGAGAGUAUGGGAUCAGAUAAAACGUCGUUCGUCUUGUCAAAUCCUGCCUCUCAGUGACAACUGCAAGAAACCACCAGAUCUAUAUAGAGAAGUCAACCAUCCAGCUAUCAACUCUAUUAGAGUGGUCAAGUGCGAUAAAAUACAACACGCGACGUCACAGACUCAAACUAUAGUCACAAUGAGUAAAUUAAUAUCGCAAAAUGUGAUGCAAGAAAUUAUUAAUUUUAUAUACACCGGGACUUUGGACAGUAGCGCUUUCAAACAACAGGAGAUACGUCAGGCUGCGGAACUCCUCGGGUUCCAUGAGCUCAGCAAGUUGAGCCAGUUUAUACUGGACCAGCAUCUGCUAUUCGAUAAAGGGUUUAUGUUGCAAUUUCAUACAUCAUUCCCGCAAAGACUGCGCGAGAUGUGCGUGGAACGGAACUUGUUUGCUGACGUCACGUUUGAUCUAGACGAUGGGAUACACCUUGCUCACCGCGCGGCUCUAAUGGCGAGAUGUGACCCUAUGAAGGCUAUGUUUCAAGGACAUUUCAGAGAGAGCACAUCUAGAGUGAUCUCCUUCCCUGGUGUCAAAAUGUACGCAUUCCAAAUUCUUCUCUGCUACAUUUACUCCGACAAGAUACCUACAGUUGAGCCAAUAAGAUGCUUGGAACUGCUAGAACUUGCUAACCGGCUCUGUAUGAACCGUCUCGUGAACCUGGUGGAGGCCAGGGUUAUUGAGCAUCUGCAGCAUCAAGACAGGGUCUGCGGCGAAGAGGAUCAAGUAGUUGAAAUAUGCCUGUCUUUGUUGGAGCCUGUUAAGCUGCACAACGCGCACAGCCUGGCGGAGUGGUGCACGUGGCGGCUGUGCGGCGCGUACGACCGCGUGUGCCGCGCGCGACACCUCGCACCCACCUCCAGGGAGUACCUCGCCGACAACCGCUGGCCGCCCGUCUGGUAUGUGAAGGAAUAUGAUUAUUAUCAGAAAUGUUUGAAUGAACAAAACAAGGAACAAAAGGAUAUCAGACCAACAACAUCGUUACAAGCAAGUCAGCAGACUGGAUGCCUUUGUUUUACAAGUAAGUUACAUUGGUUUUUUAUAUACCAUAAAGUGGUAAGCAAGCAGCCCCCUUAAUUCGCCAAAAUGGCGAAACGACUGACCAAAUUCAUCCGCAACUGCAGAUGCUUUGCCCACCCUUAAUUGAGAAGAGACGUAAACAGAAUGUUUCCCCGUCUUUUACGUCGUAAUUUUUAGCCAAAGGCAAAAUGCUUCAUUGUCUGUGCAUUUAAAUUUUGAUAUUUGCAAAUAAAAUACAAAUUUUAACAAUAAAAAAAUUAUGUC